ACGUGACAUAGACAACACUGUUCAACCGAAGAUGUCAACUUGAGAGAUUUCUUUUCUUUGACAGGUCUGCUCCCUGGGCAGUGACAGGAGACACAGAGGAAAUGGAUGGAUUUCCUGUGACGGUCACAGAGGCAGUGUGUCUUGGGGCCAGCCUUGGCCUCUCAGGCAUCUGCUACUAUCUCUACAAGAAGAGCCGGACGACACUAGAUAAACUUGAUGAUGCUCCACACUUCACCAUAGAUGGCAAACUCAAAGACAUUUUGAAAGUUACUCCAGGAGCAUGUCUGCAGUAUGCUGUCAUCGAAGGUGGUGUGCAACCAGUGGGCGAGCCUCUGACGAGUCACUUUCAGAAAGAAAUUGUUGCAGGAGUGUUGCAGAAAUACAUGUUGAGAGAACACAGGCUGGUGUGGAACAGCCUUUCACGUACUUGGACGGACAGCGAACGAGUCUUGCACCAAAGAGUGAAUGCAGUGCCCUUUGUGUUAGUGGGAUCAGAUGAGACCACAGUCAAAGUCCUGUGCCCUCUGCAGGCCUCUGGUGUGCACAUGGAGAUCACCCAUGAGAAGUUCCACCAGGUCAAUUACAGCUUGGGCGACAUCGUUGGACAGUACCUCAGCGGGGAGAAGCUUAAAGGUCAACUGGAGACAGAGGAAAUGCUCAAAGUGGGCACAGCUCUUACAGGCGUAGGCGAGUUGGUACUGGACACAGACGGCACCCUGAAUCUUCAACCCCCCUCUAACGGUUCACGGUACUUCUUGAGCAUUGCGGACUUCGACUCCCUGCGUGGAGAGCAAGAGAGCACGGCCGUGUGGUGGAGGGCGCUGUUUGUCGCCUCUGCUUUGGCAGGAGUGGCGGUCCUCCUCUGGGUCGGUCGACGCUACUACUACCAACUAAAAGUUCGCUGGGAGCAGGAGCAGGAGAGGAGGGAAUUUGAGAGACUGCAGGCUGAAGCGCCAAGAGCACGCGCUGCAGUGAUGGGCCCAGGGGCCCCUCAUGACGGGGCCGAAGAACACAUAGAGAAUGCCUGUGUGAUUUGCCUCAGUCGGCCACGUGACUGUAUUCUGUUGGACUGUGGACAUGUGUGCUGCUGCCACAGCUGUUACCAGGCCCUUCCACAGCGCCGAUGCCCCAUAUGUAGACAGAACAUCAGUAGAGUGGUGCCUCUCUACCACGUCUGAGACACCUGUGUGACCAUAUGACCUCAGAGGAACUUCACCAACAUACAAACUGCAGCUCAGUUUUACACCUUAAAGGUCUAAACUGCUGCACCACGGUAGCUUGUUGAUCAUCUUGGUACUGCAAAGAAUAAACACUUAACACUUAACACUUCUUUCAUCAAAGAACAUACUGUAUGUGUUAAUAAAACAUGGCUUUUAAGGAUGUGCAAUUGCUUUGUUCAGUACAGAGUGUCAGUGAGGUACAUUUAUCUGUAAUUGUACAUGUAAAAUACAAGAAGCAAUUAGGGGAAGGGUGUACAUAUAUGCAACAGAGAUAAUUAUUUUCUUACAUGUUUGUUCUGUGCCUUAUUCUGGUCAUUUAUAUGGCUGCUGCUAAGAGUGACUGUACUGUGUGUGUCUCAAUAAUUUAAGUCUGGUCAUAAGGAGCAAAACUUGUGUUUCAAAAAAUUUCAGUAACAUAUUUGAGUCACUGGAAGCUACUGAAACAAAGAUACGUUUAGUGCAAAGAUGAAGAUGUAGUGUUAAGGUAUAAUUAAUGCACUAGAGACCAUUGAGAGUGUGUAAGCUGUUUGUGAAAACAAAUUCAAUAAAACCUCACUCGUUGAAUCAUCUGUUUAGU